UAAUUCUUGGUUUAUUAUCAAAGACUUCGAUAAUAAACUAUGGAUAGCUGAAGUUUGCUCGAGCCUUCAUGAGUGGGAUAGUAGUUGAGUUUCUAGAUAACUGGGAUGUUAGAUGAUCAUCGUGUUACUGGGUUCAUGUUGCUUGUGAUGCUGUGUGAAAGCGAAUGCCAAUUUUCUUUUUUUCCCCCCAAAAGAAAGGGAAAAGGGAAUGCCAUUGCUGUUUAGGUUUGGAACUCAAGUCCCCCAUUGGAAAUUAUGGAGUUUUAAUCUUGGAUUUAUGCGAACCUGCGUUUACUUAAUCCCCUGCGCUAUCUUUUUGGGAUUGGCUCUUCCUAAGGUUCAUAUCUGUGGAAUCAUAACCUUGCACUUCCCUCCGCUCUCUCCCUGUCUUUUUUCCUCUCCCUCAACCUAUGGGAUGCUUCAGAAACUCCCUCCCUUGAAUCAUGUAUUCAGAUGGAAGGAUAUAUGGUGUGAAAGAGCCCUCCAGUUUAAAGAAAUCAAUUUUCUUCAAUUAUCAAAUGAUGUUUUAACUUCCACUUGUUCAAUUAGUUUCUCUUUCUUUAAUGGGGGAGAACAUAGAGCAAACCUGGGAAAUGGAAGGAUGUCUAACUCCAAGAUGUCCAGCCAAAGUCCAUUCAAUGGAAGGAAAUGGACUAAUAUUCUCCUUGCUGCCAAUAUCUUAAUGUAUAUUGCACAAAUUGCAACACAAGGAAAGCUUUUAUUGUGGGGAGCUAAGAUUAACAGUCUUAUUGACAAGGGACAAUUGUGGAGGCUUGCCACUUCUUCCUUUUUGCAUGCAAAUAUUGGGCACCUUAUGGUUAAUUGUUACUCCUUAAAUUCCGUUGGUCCCACUGUGGAAAAUUUCAGUGGUCCUAGGAGAUAUCUUGCGGUUUACUUUGUCUCAGCAAUUGCAAGUUCAGCAAUGAGUUAUUGGUACUGCAGAAUGCCUGCCGUAGGUGCAUCAGGGGCGAUUUUCGGCCUGGUUGGAUCAGUUGCUGUGUUUGUGUUGAGGCACAGAGAACUGGUAGGAGGAGGCAAAGAAGAUUUACAGCAUAUAGCGAAUGUAAUUGUCCUAAAUAUGGUCAUUGGGCUAUUAUCAAAUGGCAUUGACAACUGGGGUCAUUUAGGGGGCUUGAUUGGUGGAGCCGUUGCAUCCUGGUUGAUUGGACCAGCGUGGAAGCAUGAAUCUACAACUAGGGAUGGAAGAAGAGUGUUCAUUGAUAGGGCACCAAUGUAUAAUAUCUUCCAAAUCAAGAGACUUCCUAGGCAAUGGAAAUAGAUAGAUCCACACAACUAUAGUCUCUAUCCACACUCUGAAAAUGAAAAGGAAAAAAAAAAGUAUUCUGUAUAAUAUCCAUUUGACUGUAGAAAUUGUUUUCAUGAAUUCAUUGUGAUAUUUUCUUUUGUACGUGUAAAUGGUGGAAGGAGGCUUGAAUCUCAGCGCUGCCCAGACAGGAUUGGGAGGCAUCAGAUGCUCAGAAGCGGAAAAAAAUAAAAUUUUUUUUUGAUUCUGC